AGUCAAGACACUCAAGAACAGAACAACUCAAGAUACAGGAAGAGAAACACAAUGAACGCAUAUGUGAAGACAAACACAUUCUACAUUUCAAUCUGGAUUUGGCUCAUUUUAGGUGUUGAAAGCUACAGCGGUUGGUCAGACCAUGUAUUAACUAUUUAUCCUGGAGGAUCUGUCACCAUCCCAUGUUAUUAUGACAAGAAAUACACACAGCAGAAGAAAUCCUGGUACUCAGAGAUUAAUGUAUCUAAAACAUACACAAACACAACAAAGGAGAAUCUGUCAGUAAUUGAUCAUCCUGAUCAGAGUCUCUUUACUGUGACUAUGAGAAACCUGCAGAACAAACACACUGGAAAUUAUUAUUGUGUUGUGGACACUGGAGCACAAGCAUCGAAUACAAUAUACAAGGUUUAUCUAAAGAUUCAGUCUACUCCUGAUGUGUCUGUGUCGAGCAGCAGUGUAUGUGGACAUGAAGGUGGUGAUAUCAGUGUUCAGUGUCUCUACAGUUCUGGAUAUCAGAAUAAAGUCAAACAGUGGUGCAGAUAUAAAGAUCAGAGCUGUUACACAGUGGGGAGGACUGUCACAUCCCAGAAUUCAUCAGUGCAGAUCAGAGAUGAUGAUGGGAGAAGAUCCUUCACUGUGCUGAUGACUGGACUGAGACGGACUGAUUCUGGCUGGUACUUCUGCUCUGCUGGAGAGACACUGAAUCCUGUUCUCAUCACUGUUCAGAGAGACAAUGAAAAUAAAAGAGAUGCACUGAAUCCUGUUCACAUCACUGUAACGGAGGCAGAACCAGGCACUGUCAGUGACAAAGGAAAUGAAACAAAAGACAAGGAGGAGACACAAAAGUUCAACAUGUGUAUUGUUUAAAUUAAAAUAAUUAUAAUUUAACCUAAUUCUAAGCUGAAAUACAUAAACAGAAGUGUUUUUCACAUUUCAAAUAUUCAGUCAGUAAACCCUGGAUAAUCUGAAUCGUGGGUUUUCUUGUUUCAUCUUUCACACUGCUCAGUAUUUGCUUGUGAUUAAUUCUGUGUAUUCACAGGCGUCCAACUCCUGGAGGGCCACAGCUCUGCACGAUAUUUCAAUAUUUUUUCUUCUUAAAUGCUGAAAUCACUGCUUAUGCAGAUAUAUUUUAUAACUUCAGGUAAAAAAAAAAACUGUGUCAAACAUGCUUCCAAAUUUGAUACGAAUAAUUCUCUCAUGCCUAAAAGCUAGGUUUAGCCUGUAAUAACCUUUGAUAACACAGCCUUUUCAUUCUGAUCAAUCUAGAGAUUGUUUAAGAGUCAAAUAUGAGAAAAGAAAAGCAUUUGUUGUUUUUGUCCAGCCUUUCUUCUUGUAGCUAUUUUCAUUGUUGACCAAGGAACGGGUCGUUAACAAAUGAGUCAUAACCCAUGUUUAUUAUAUCUGCUUCAUUUGUCGGACUGAUUUAAAAAGGUAUUUGAUGAGAUCAUAAGAAUGAUCUAUUAAAAGAACAGCUCAUCAGAGGCAUUUUAAUUUUACACAGGCCUGUUUCAUAAAUAACCCUUCAUUUGUGCUGUGUGUGUAACGACAGAAAUAUAAAUACAAAGUUAUGACCAACAAACUGCUAAAUUAAUUUA